AUGACUUCUAUAAGGGAGGUUUCUCUUGAUUCAAAUAACUUCACUGCCAUAAUACCUUCAAGUCUAUGGACUCUCAAAGACAUUUUAAAGCUGAACUUGUCUUCUAAUUUCUUCAAUGGUUCUCUACCGCUAGAAGUUGGAAACCUCAAGGCUGCAAUACUUCUGGAUCUUUCCUGGAACCAAAUCUCAGGAAACAUUCCUAGUACAUUAGGAAGUCUACAGAGAUUGACUCAACUGUUUUUGGCUCAUAACAGAAUUGAAGGAUCUAUUCCUGAGACAUUUGGAGGGCUCAAAUCUUUGGAAGUAUUGGAUCUUUCGUAUAAUAAUUUGUCUGGUGUGAUCCAAAAAUCUUUGGAGGCACUUAAGUAUCUUCACUCUUUUAAUGUCUCAUUUAACAGGUUACACGGAGAAAUUCCGAAUGAAGGACCUUUUGUUCAUCUCCCUUACCAGUCUUUCAUGUCGAAUGAAGGAUUGUGUGGUAACUCUCAACAUCAUGUCCCAACUUGUCCUUCUAAUUCAAAGAAUCGUUCUAGUUCAAAGAAAAGGAGACUGAUGUGGAUUGUUCUUGCAUCUUCACUUAUCCUUGUAAUAGUGCUUGCUUCAGCAAUAGUUUUCAUAUUGAUGAGAUGUCGGCGUAAAGCAGUCAACGCUGAAGAUGAGUCGUUGCCUGAGGUAGCACCACAAAGAAUUUCUUACUAUGACCUUCAAAGAGCAACUCAGGGCUUUGAUGGAAAUAACUUUGGAAAUAACUUGCUAGGUAGUGGAAGUUUUGGUUCUGUUUAUAAAGGGACAUUGGCAGAUGGGAUGAUAGUGGCUGUCAAAGUUUCAAUGUACAGAUGGAAGGAAGAAUCCAUUGCUCAUACUACAACCUUUGCCACAAUCGGUUACAUUGCUCCAGAGUAUGGUAUGGAAGGCCUUGUAUCCAAGAGGUCUGAUGUUUAUAGUUAUGGCAUCAUGUUGCUGGAAACUUUUACAAAGAAGAAAUCUAAUGAUGAAAUGUUCGUGGGAGACUUGAAUUUGAGAAGUUGUGUGCAUAAUUUGCUUCCUGAUGAGUUGGAUCAAAUUAUAGAUGCUGACUUACUAACAGUAGAUGAAGAGAACUUAAGUCGAAAGAUGCAAUGUGUGGCAUCCAUCAUAGAGUUAGCCAUGAAUUGCACAGCUAAUAUUCCAGUGGAAAGGAUGAACAUGAUUGAUGUUGUAGCAGCACUGAAAAAGAUCAAACAAAAGCUUUCUUCCUGUUAUUGA